AUGCUAUCGAAACAAAUUAUCGCUGUCGCUCGCAGUCGUGCAUUUUUCGCUGGCAGAGGUGCUCAAUACCCUGCUGUAUCAUUGUCGAAAGGAUGGAAAAUCGCCGACACGCAUAUCAGACGUGCACAGCUCCAUUCCAAGACCGUAAAGGUCCCACAGAUGGCCGAGUCCAUCUCCGAGGGUACACUCCGAUCAUGGUCAAAACAGGUUGGGGACACCGUCGAGGCUGAUGAGGAGGUUGCAACCAUUGAGACGGAUAAGAUUGACGUCAGUGUCAAUGCACCUUCAGCAGGGAAAAUUGUGGAGUUGCUUGCAAAGGAGGAAGACACCGUCAGCGUCGGCCAGGACCUCUUCAUAAUUGAACCUGGCGAAGGUGGUGCAUCUGCUGCUCCUGAGGAGUCGAAGGCAGACCCUGAAGAACCUAGGGACCAGCAACUGGACAAGACGACACCAGAGCCACGCGCACCAUCAGCUGCUGACAAGCAGAGCGCCCCAGAAGGACCCAAAGAGUCCAAGAAGGAGGUGAAGAAGCAGGAUUCAAAGCCAAAAGAGGACAAGUCUAAAGCACCUAUUUCUCCGCCCAAGGCCCCCGGAAAUCGGGGCGAGACAAGGGUUAAGAUGAACCGAAUGCGCCUGCGCAUUGCCGAGCGUUUGAAGGAAUCGCAAAACGCUGCCGCUUCGCUCACGACCUUCAAUGAGAUUGACAUGUCCUCUCUCAUGGAAAUGCGGAAGAAGUACAAGGACGAAGUGCUCAAAGAACAUGAUGUCAAGCUCGGCUUUAUGAGCGCGUUCGCUCGUGCGAGAUUCCUGCUGCAAAUGCGGUCCAUCGAGGGUGACGAGAUUGUCUACCAUGAUUUCGUUGACCUGAGCGUCGCUGUCGCGACGCCCAAGGGCUUGGUCACUCCAGUAGUGCGGAAUGUUGAGGACAUGGGCUUUGUUCAGAUCGAGAAGGAGAUUGCUGCUCUCGGAAACAAGGCAAGCGCUGCCAGGGAUGGUAAGUUGACUCUCGAGGACAUGGCAGGAGGCACCUUCACCAUUUCCAAUGGUGGUGUCUUUGGCUCGUUGUACGGAACGCCCAUCAUCAACCUGCCACAGUCUGCUGUGCUCGGCAUGCACGCGAUCAAGGACAAACCUGUCGUUGUAAACGGCCAGAUCGUCAUCCGACCCAUCAUGGUCGUCGCCCUCACCUAUGACCACAGACUACUCGAUGGUCGGGAGGCAGUCACCUUCCUAGUGAAGGUCCGCGACUACAUUGAGGACCCUCGGAAAAUGCUUCUUGCAUUGAGCUGA